AGCCGAGGCGCUUUACGGCGACGGCGGCUGUGUGUGAGCCUCGGCGGCGGUGGAGGCAGCGGCGGCGGCGAGGGAGGCGGCGGCGGUGAGGAGGCAGAGGAGUGGCGGCCGUGGCGGCGGGGACCUGUGCGGGGAUGGCGGAGGUACCGCCUGGGCCUAGCAGCCUCCUCCCACCACCAGCACCUCCGGCCUCGGCGGCGGCCGAGCCCCGCUGCCCCUUCCCGGCGGGGGCCGCCCUCGCGUGCUGCAGCGAGGACGAGGAGGACGACGAGGAGCACGAAGGCGGCGAGGCGACGGCGGCGGCCAAGGGGCAUCCGUGCCUCCGCUGCCCGCAGCCGCCGCAGGAGCAGCUGCAGCUCAACGGAUUGAUCAACCCCGAACUGCGGCACCUCCGGGCGGCCGCCUCCCUCAAGAGCAAGGUUCUGAGCGCGACCGAGGCGGUCACGGCCACCGCCACCCCCGACGGGGGCCCCAGAGCGACUGCAACAAAAGGAGCCGGGGUGCACUCGGGCGAGAGCCCCCCGCGCUGCCUCCCCAAUAAUGCAAGAACUGCGCUCCCCAGCCCCGCAGAGGCAGCGGCGGCGAGCGAUCCCGCGACGGCCCGCAAUGGACUGGCGGAGGGCACGGAGCAGGAGGAGGAGGAAGACGAGCAGGUGCGGCUGCUGUCUUCAUCCCUGACCGCCGGCUGCAGUUUAAGAAGCCCCUCAGGCCGGGAGGUCGAGCCUGGGGAGGAUCGGACUAUACGUUACGUCCGAUACGAAUCCGAGCUACAAAUGCCCGAUAUCAUGAGACUGAUCACCAAAGAUCUGUCUGAACCCUACUCCAUUUAUACCUAUAGAUAUUUUAUCCACAACUGGCCACAGCUGUGCUUCUUGGCCAUGGUAGGGGAGGAGUGUGUAGGUGCCAUCGUUUGCAAGUUGGAUAUGCACAAAAAGAUGUUCCGCAGAGGUUAUAUAGCCAUGUUAGCCGUGGAUUCCAAAUACAGGAGAAAUGGCAUUGGUACUAACUUGGUUAAGAAAGCUAUAUAUGCUAUGGUUGAAGGAGACUGUGAUGAGGUUGUUUUGGAAACAGAAAUAACAAAUAAGUCUGCUUUGAAACUUUAUGAAAAUCUUGGUUUUGUUCGAGAUAAGAGGCUGUUCAGAUACUAUUUAAAUGGAGUUGAUGCACUGCGACUUAAAUUGUGGCUGCGUUGAGAAAUUGACAUCAAGGAACAACUUUCUAACCAUGCAGAAUCGACCUUUGCAUGCAAUGCAAUUUGUACAGAAUUGCUUUGCAGGUGGAUUUAGUGAUUUCCAUGCAGCUCUUAUCUGUCAGUGUCUCAUUUGAGUGUCGCACAAUAUUUGUUGCACUUUGGCAUGGCGCAUUUGUUCUGAAUUAAAAGAGAUUGUUUUAAACUUAAAGAGUUCUUUUGGUACCAACAAGAUGUGCCAGUUGAUAGCCAAGACUUGUUUGUUCAUUUGCAAAGUCUGCUGACAUUGUUAUUUACACAGUGAUAAUUUUAUCACAGAACCAGGAAGUGGAACAUGAUUUUUGUUCCUUAAAAAAGCCAAUGUAGAUUGUAAAAAUCUGAGUAUAUACUAACAUUUCACAUGAAACCUGCCAUAGUUUUCUGAGGGGGUGGGGGAAAAGCUUCAAUUUUAGGUUUUAUUUUUUCAAUAUUAAAUUUCCAUUCUUGAAUAUUGGUACCUCAGUGAUUAGUGAAUGAAAAAAAUGUUAUGUAGGGUUGGGUGUGUCUUAUAACGAGUAAAGAUAACAAUUAAGUUGCGUCUGCCAGUGCCUGUGUGGAUAAGCAUAUUUGUCUUUAUCUCUAGUUUCUGAAUGCAUGCUGUCUUUUCCUUUUCUUUAAAGCCUUUGCAAGCAAACUUUUGUUUUUAUUUAAAUUCUAAAUUUGAUAAUAAAUUAUUUCAGAUUUUUAUAAUUUGGAUACUUUUUCCAGGUGAGUGACAGAGUGGUUUACUGUAGAAGUCCCUUCUUUUCUUACAGUAAGAAGUUGAAUCUACUUGGAAAAUCUUUGAGAAAUGACUCAAAAGGGAUGAGAAAAGUUGGUGAAGCCGGGAAUUGCUGGGUUUUAGAUGCACUUUUUUUUGAGAGUGAGGGAAUUUUUGGAAAAGAAUAGGAAAAUUAAUGUAAAUUGGUAUGAUUUUAUUUAAUCAAAAUUAUUGCUAAGCUGUGAGAAACAGCUUUUACAAAGUAGUUGGAACUUUUUUCCCCACUUGGUUUGAAUUCACAUUGCUUCCAUUUCUUAAAAUGCUUUGCUUUUGGUUCUUGGUCUUGAAAAUAAAUUUCAAGGUGCACUGUAUCUGUUUUAAACUGAUUUUCUUUUCUUUUCACUUAUUUGUGCAGAUUCUUGGGGGAGCUUUGCUUAGUUCCCAGAAAAACAAAAGGGAGAAAUGGAAAUUUUUUUUUGGAAUGAGUUCUAUGGGUUUUCUUAAUAGCCAUCACCAUGUUCAUUAGUUAUAGUUACAUUGUGUUUUGGCCAAUCUGUGCAAUGUAAUAAAUUUUAAAGUUGAUUGCUUUCAGUUGAGUCAGGAAACCUAUGAUGGAUAAUUUAUUUGCCUGGAAAACCUAGGUACCCAUUAAAGAAAAGAUUCAUUCUCUGUGAAAAAUGUUUUGUAGGAAUCUGUUGUUUUUUCAUUAAUUUGGAUAUGCUUUACUUCUGCUCUAGGAUUUGGUUUGAAUUUUAUUUUAUGGCUAUAAUUACUGUAGUUUUAAAAACCCUACCUCCAUUAACAGUUGGUAGAAGCCCCCUUUCAGGAAAGUUUGUUGCCUUUUUUUUUUUUUUUUUAAAAGGAAAGCUGCUCCUUGCUCAGUGUAGUGUCUUGAAAGUGAACAUGGUGACAAGUAUUUUUAAAAUAAAGAUACAUAAAUUUGG